UUCUACACGAAUUUACUCUCUCUCCUCCGUUGAAAACUCAUAAAAGUCCAACAAAAAAAGAAUUCUUUUUUCAAUAUUAAACGAAGAAGAAGAUGUAGUAAGAAUAAAAAAGCGAAAUUCCGAUAAGAUUACCAAAUCCAAACUCUGACUUCCGAUAAUCUAUAAAUUCGCUUUCUUAGAACUUUUUUUAUUCACAUUUUCCAGAAAAGUGGGAAUCCCCUUAUCGCUAAUUCUGCUUUAAAUUUGUGUGGAAUAUAUUACCAAAUCUGUUUGGCCCUAGCUUUCUGAUUUCUUUUACUGCUAUGCAGAGUCAGUUGGUGUGCAGUGGGUGUAGGACAAUUCUUCUUUAUCCGAGAGGAGCUACUAAUGUCUGCUGUGCAGUGUGCAACGCCCUCACCCCUGUCCCACCUCCUGGAAUGGAAAUGGCUCAGUUGAUAUGUGGAGGCUGUCGCACCUUACUGAUGCAUCCACGUGGGGCAACUAGUGUGAGAUGCGCCUGCUGUCAUACGGUGAACCUUGUGCCAGGUCCUAACCAGUUUGCUCAUGUCAACUGUGGAAAUUGUCGUACUAUGCUGAUGUAUCCAUGCGGAGCUCCAUCAGUUAAAUGUGCCAUAUGCCACUAUAUCACACACGUUAAUGCCGGAGAUGGAAGAGUCCAUGUUCCUGUGCACACCCCAAAUGGCGGUGCUACAUCCUCUGCAGGACCCACUUCUUCAACAGCUACAGCCCGUUCACAGAAUCAAACCGUGGUCGUUCAGAACCCUAUGUCUUUAGAUGAAAGUGGCAAGUUGGUGAGCAAUGUUGUUGUUGGUGUGACGACUACGACUUAGGAUUAUCUAUGGAAUGCAAUAGCAGAAGGAUUAAGAUUCCUAUGUAUGUGAAGUCCGCUAGUUGAAGGGAGUAAGGUUUUUGUUUGCUUCCAUUGGAACGAUGAGUACAAAGGUGGUGCUAUAUAGAUAUGGUAAUAUUUAGAGCUAGUAUCAAAGCAUUUCUAGAUUGAAGAACUGUACCAGAUGAACCAUUUGUGAUAACAAUCACAAAGUGAUUGGAAGAUUUAGGCUCAGUGAUGUGUGAUUCUUGGAGUCGGUAAUUGUUGUUGUCAAAUUAGAUUCUGUGGUGUGAAUACGCCCGAUGAUCCAAGUACAGAAUGUUGAUAUGUACCAUGUGUCCUCUUGUUAAUAAAAUUUAAUCAGUUUGGUGUAUA